AUGAGGCCGGCGAUCUUUGCCGACGCGGUCAUAGCCGCAUCCAAGGGCUCGGAUGGACACACGCUCGCGCAGCUGUUUGCCAUCGGCGGGCCGGUCGCUGCGUCGGUGCUGCUCGAAAUCGGCGAUGCACGUCCGCACAAGAUCACGGCAGCCCUGCGCAAGUGUACGGGCUACCUUGCCUCGCCCUGGGAGGAGAUGUGUGCGCAACACCUCGGCUCUCUCUACGCCUUUUCGCUCGCAUCCUCCCUCGCCGCCUACCCGCCCGCCACGCCCGAUGCGGAGGGCAAGACGCGCGCCGAUCGACUCGCCGACGCAUUCGACGCGUACAAUGCCGCGGUCACCGCCUUCCUUCGCCACUUUGCCACGCUCACGCCCGGAAGAUGGGCGUUGCCGCUGCUGCGCAUCCUGUGCCUCAACCUGCGCUGGCUUGCGGUACAGGCGGAUGAAGCUGCACUCGAAGCCAAGGAACCGAGGACGGAGAAUGCGAGUCAGAAGGUGGCUGCGGCAGUGGCGGGAGAGGCGACAGUCGCAAGAACGUCGAGUGUAGCUAACAAGAGGCUGGAGGAAUGUGCGCGGCAGUUGAACAAGGCCUUUACGGCGUGCAUUGCGGACCGCAAUGCGGACAUGGACGAGAGCCGCAAGUGGGGCACGUACGAGGUGGUGGGCAUGGUGUUCAAGACGUACUUUCGGCUCAAGUCGGUCUCGCUGUGCCGCAACAUCCUGCGUGCUUUGAAUGCGGCUGCAUUGCCGCCGCUCGAGAGCUUUGCAAAGAGCCAGCAGGUGACGUUUCGGUAUUACGUCGGCGUGCUUGCUUUUCUUAAUGAGGAGUACGAGCGGGCCGAGACGGAGCUCUCUGCUGCAUUGGCCAUGUGUCAUCGCAGCGCAUCCACCAAUCAGGCGCUGAUACUCACCUACCUGAUCCCGGUCAAGCUGCUGCAGGGUAGGCUUCCAAGCGAGGCGUUGUUCAAGGGUGCGGUGGGGGACAAGCUUCAGGCGUAUAGGCCGUUUGCAGAUGCGCUGCGCAGAGGCGAUGUCAAGGCGUUUGAUGCUGCAUUGGCACGACCGGAUAUCGAAGCCUGGCUCGUCAAGCGCGGCACAUUUAUCGCCAUUGAACGCGCGCGCGAGGCUACGCUGCGCACCUUGCUCAAACACAUCUGCCUCGCUCUGCCAGACAAACCAACGCGCGUGGCGAUCAAGACCAUCCAUACCGCCACAACCUCGGACCUCAUACGUCUGCCGUACGCCUACCAAGACCUCGAAUGGAUCCUCGCCACCCUCAUCUACAAGGGCUACAUCAAGGGUUACAUCGCCCACGAACGAGGCAUCCUCGUCCUAAGCGCCAAAGAUCCAUUCCCCUCCCUAGGCUCCGUCCCCAUCACAACCACCUAG